GAAUCGGUGCUGCUCAUGCAUGCGGCGGGCGGGGAAAUCCAGAUCCUAACCCAGAGAGAGCUUUUGCCCGCUCUUCCGAAAGGAAAACCCUCUCCUCGCAUCUCGAGGCUCACUCUCUCCGAGGCGCAGCAGGAGCGCAACUUGCAGCCAGCCAACCGGCGCACCGAGAAGCAGCGGCAGGAGGAGGAGCCUCGGAAGGCGCUCCUGGAGCGGCUUCAAGCGAAGAUGGCGCCGGCAGCCCGCCGGGUUGCGAAGGAGCUGGAUGGAAUUAAGAAGUCUGGGUUCCGCUGCCUUCGGGAUGUUGAAGUAGAUGUGAACAAUGUCCUGCUGUGGAAGGGACUUCUAGUGCCGGAUGACCCCCCUUACAACAAAGGCGCCUUCCGGAUUGAGGUCAGCUUUCCAAGCGAGUACCCCCUCAAGCCUCCCAAGGUCACUUUCAAGACUCAGAUCUACCACCCCAACGUGGAUGAGAAGGGCCAGGUGUGCUUGCCGAUCGUCAGCAAUGAGAACUGGAGACCUUCCACCAAUGCAAAGCAAGUGAUCGCGGAACUGAUAGCACUGGUGAAUAAACCUGAUCCAGAUCACCCUUUGCGCGCUGACUUGGCCGACGAGUUUAUCCAGGACCGCAAGCGCUUUUUGUCCAAAGCUGAAGAGCAGACCAGCAAAUUCAGUGAGAAGCGGCCAUGCGAAUGACCUGCUGCCCUCCUGAACCACUACCUGCCUCACUGGCUGGCUGGGGAACCUUCCACAUAGGCACGGUCCCAGUGGGAUGAAAUGCAAGUGGGACCACGGAAGCUGUCCCCACCAUUGCAUUAUCAAUAAAGGAAUGUACACGGUGGGGUCCUGCA